AUGGUUGCAAUCACCAAUCCCGCAAUAACGGCCGUUGAGCGAUCCUCCCUUGAAUCUACUCUAAAGACCCUGAUCAGCCAGGUCGAGGCAACGCGGAAUGCUCUUCUGGAAAAUGGCCAAAGGGGCUUGCUUCAAACCCUCCACACAGACAAAGAUCUGCCAGACUCUGCUGUUGAGGCCCUCGCUGGCAAGGCCAUCAACAUCCUACACGAGACUAAACAGCUCCUUGAGCCUGGCCAUCUAGUCCUUGCCGACCACUUCCUGGGAUACGUCAGCACCAAGUGCCUUUGUGCUGCCGUCGAGCUGAAACUCGUUGAUAUCCUUGCAAAUGCCGGAGAAGAAGGCUUGACUAUAGCCGAGCUGGCAGAUGCUAGUGAAGCAAACCCAGACAGACUGCAACAGAUCAUGCACGUCUUACACAACAACCAUAUCUUUGAGUACGACCCAGUGUCGCAUCGGUACCGCAAUAACCGUAUCUCAGCCCUCCUCCAUACCACCCAUUGGACACAGUGGCACAACUGGGUCGACCUCUACGGCAACGAGUUUUAUGACAUUGCUCGAGGAAUCCCCCAGUCCAUUCGCCGUGACGAGAAGAAAUGGGGAGCCCAAAUCAACUUCAAUACCUCCGAUGAUAUGUUCACCUACUUCCAGGCACAAGGCUGGUUGCCACGCCUUCAUAGAACCCUUGGCGGAGGUGCUAUCGCCCAAGCACCUGGCAUCCUCGCUGAUUACCCCUGGCAUGAAUUCGGCUCCCGGACAGUGCUAGAUGUCGGCGGUGGUGGUGGUGGAUUCCUAGUGUCCCUGCUCCGUGAAUAUCCUGACCUGAAGGGGGCGAUCCUGGAUCUUCCUCGCACCAUUGAGCAUGCCACUACUCUCUUCCACAACUCCGAUGGUGCCUACUAUGACCUCAGAGAGCGUGUUCCCCGCGAGAACCUCAUCGGAGGUGAUUUCCUCAAGUCUGUACCCUCGUUUGAAGUGUAUACCAUGAAAUGGGUUCUUCACGACUGGAAGGAUCCGGACGUGAUUACCAUUCUACGCUGCAUUCGUGCUGCUCUGAUUCCAGGCCCAGACAGCCGUUUGGUUGUUUUGGAAUCAAUCCUGUCCGAUGGCCAAUACGGACGUCUCUCUAGAUACGGCGAUAUCAACAUGAUGAUGACGGCCAAUGGACAGGAACGCACGGAAGAGCAAUGGCAGGAACUUGCUGCAGCUUCGGGAUGGGAAAUUUCCAAGAUCUAUCCCCUACGACGGUCCUGGGUUUGUGCUAUUGAUCUCCGGCCAAGGACCGACUGGAAGGCAUAG